AUGGAUUAUUUCAAAUACUGUCCAUGGGAUGGAUAUCGCUUCUCUGAAAAUGAUGUUUAAUGUUUCAUUUGUAGACGACCCAAGUACUAAUUGACUGUAAUAUACAUAUAUUUAAAAUUAAGUCUUACAUCUAAGAAGAAUAAGAACAAAAGAAAUGGGAAAAAAUAUUAUAUGAAAAAUAACCUUAUGAUGAUAAUUAUAUUGAUGAAACAUUUCUAUAAAGUGUAUAAAAACAAGACAACACUAAUAAUGGGCCUGAUUAUAAAUAAUUAAUCAGCAAGACAUCAGAUUUAAUAUUUGCAGUUAAUUGUGUUGUAUUCUAUCUUUUAAGUUAUUUCUUAAUGCUUCAUGAUAUGGUCAAUGAUUAAUUAUAACUAUACUUUUGGCUAGUUGCAGCAAUCACUUGUUUAAUUAUGUUUUCUGUUGUUAAAAAAAUGAAGACUUUAGAAAUACUAAGUAAUUUUAAGAGUAUUGGAAUUUAUAUCUCUAUUUUAUUAUUAUUUGCACCUGUAAUGCAAACAGUUAAUCAAACUUAUGCUGAUAAUACUAUAUAUGUGCUUACAAGUGUAGCAAUCUUAAUAUAUAUAUUUUUAAAGGAUUAUGAUUAUGAAAAAGAUUUUACAGAAUUAGAUGUCUCAUAAUGGGCAUCAUUAGUAUUUUCUAGUUUAUUAGCUUCAAGAUUGCAUAAUGAACUCUAAGUAUUUUUGAUGAUAUUUGCAUCAAACUUAUUAUUCAUAUUUGUUCCUAUAUUAUAAAGAAGCAUUAAAUAAAAAUAUAACUCUGUAUUUAGAGUUAUCAAUUUGAUUUCAACUAUUGGACUUGGAUUAUCAUUACUAUUUUUUUCAUAUUUCUUAGCUCUUUUAUUUUUUGGAUGGUAAUUUUAUUUUAAUAUUUAGUGUAUUUUUCAUUACUUUUGUUUCCCCUCUACAAAUCAUUUGGUUAUAUUAAUACAAAAAGUAUAUGUAUAUUAUCAAAUCUCUAGUACAAUUCGUGGUCCAUGGGAUUUACCAAAUGUUAAAUAAUAUGAUUGA